CUCUCAGAUUGGCUUUAGUUUCACUCCUCACUGACAUGGCAUCCAUAGUCUUUCUGUCAUUGGCCCUCACCUCUUCAUUAUCAUUUACAGUGGGAGUCCUGUUCAAUGAGCCGAGGAUAUUUGGAGAUGAUGCCACUGGUUAUGGGCCCAUCUUUGAGGAGGAGCCGGUGGAUGUGGUUUACACUGAGGACUCUCCAGAUGGAAGGAUCUCCAUGAACUGCAGAGCCAGAGCCAAUCCUCCAGCCUCCUACAGAUGGCGGCGUGAUAACUGGGAGAUCAAACUGAUGGAGCAGCCUGAUGAGCACUACAGUCUGGUCGGAGGAAACUUGGUCAUAAACAACCCACGACAGAAGAAGCAUGCUGGGACCUACAUCUGUGUGGCCAAGAACAUCUACGGCACCGUCAUCAGCAAAGAGGCUCGCGUCAAGUUUGGAUAUUUAGAAGAGUUUCCUGAGGAGGAGAGAGAACCAGUGUAUGUAAAAGAAGGACAAGGUGCUGUUCUGCUCUGUGUCCCUCCAAAAGCCUACCCACAGGAGGUGACGUACCGCUGGAUCUACAACGAGUUCCCGGUCUUCCUCCCCACAGACAACCGCAGAUUUGUGUCACAGAAAACAGGAAACCUCUACAUCGCCAAAGUGGAGGCCCAUGACGCUGGGAAUUACUCGUGCUUUGUCUCCAGCCCCACCAUCGGAAAGAGCGUCUUCUCCAAAUUCAUCCCCCUCAUUCCUCUACCACCAGAAGAGGAGAGAAAGUACCCAGCCGACAUCAGGGUGAAAUUUCCAGACACCACUGCCAUGCUGGCCUCUAAUAUCACUCUGGAAUGCUUUGCUCUUGGAAAUCCGAUCCCUCAUAUUGUGUGGAGGAAGGUGGACGCUACAGACCUGCCCGCCAACCAUGAGAUCAGUGAAUCGGGGGCUGUCCUUCACCUUUACAAUGUGCAGUAUGAAGAUGUGGGAGGCUAUGACUGUGAGGCCAUAAACACCAAAGGAAAGGACUAUCAUAAAGCCUGGCUCUACGUCGAGUCUGCUCCUGAAUGGGCCGAAACCAUCAACAACACUCAGAAAGACAUUGGGUCAGAGCACACCAUGCGCUGUGUGGCUGCUGGAAAACCCUACCCUUUUAUCCGCUGGUACAAGGAUGGAUACAUGUAUGGAAAAGGAGAGCUGAAGUUUUCCAGUCUGACCUUUGACGACUCCGGGAUGUAUCAGUGCAUUGCUGAAAACUACUGGGGGAUUAAAUAUGCAAAUGCUGAGCUGAGGGUGAUUGCCUGCGCCCCGACAUUUGAAUUUAACCCAGUGAAGAAGCAGCUGUUGGGGGCUAAAGAUGGCCGCGUGUUGAUCGAGUGUAAACCCAGAGCGGCCCCCAGACCUCGCUUCACCUGGACCAAGGGCAAAGAACUGCUCUUCAACAACUCACGUAUUUCUAUCAUGUUCGAUGGGACUCUGGAGAUUCUGAACGCAACUAAAAAUGAUGAGGGAUUCUACACCUGCUUCGCUGAAAACGACAGAGGAAAAGGCAACAGCACUGGAUAUCUCACUAUCACAGAGGCCACGAGUUUGACGGUGGUGCCUGAGGACUCAGAUGUGCGUGUGGGGGAUGACAUCAUACUGAGAUGUGCUGCUUCAUACGACCCCAUGUUGGACAUCACCUUCAUCUGGUCCAUAGACUUCAGGGUCAUUGACUUCAGCCUGGAGUGGCAGCACUACGAACGUGUCAUGGCAGAGGAUGGAGUUGGAGACCUGAGGAUAAAGAAUGCCCAGGUGUGGCAUAGGGGGCGCUAUACCUGCACAGCACAGACAGUGGUCGACAGUGACUCUGCGUAUGCUGAUCUCAAAAUUGUUGGUAAACCGGGGCCUCCAGGUGUGAUCAGAAUCGAGGAGAUUGGAGACAGUUAUGUGAAGCUGGUGUGGACCAAAGGAGCAGAACAUAACAGCCCAAUCACACACUACACUGUCCAGACCAGGUUCUUCUGGGCUCUGUAUGACGAUGACUGGAGGAACGCCAGCACAUCCCCUACAGUGAUUGACGGCUCUAUGGAGAAGGCUGAUGUGACAGACCUGUACCCCUGGAUGGAGUACCAGUUUAGGAUCAUAGCCCACAAUGAGUAUGGAGCCGGAGAGGCCAGCAUCCCCUCACUCAAGAUCAAGACCUGGGACGCACCUCCUGUUGUGUCCCCUACGGAUGUUGCUGGUUAUGGAGGAAGAAACGGAGAGAUUGUCAUUACAUGGACACCUGUGCAGCCCUGGUACUUCUAUGGAAAGAAGUUUGGCUACAUCUUGGCGUAUAAACCUCACAAUGCGUAUGACUGGUGGUACGAGACGAUCUCAGACCCAGAGACCAGGAGGCACGUGCACAGAGACUCCUACUUUAUUCCCACAGAUGAGGACUUCCAAGUGAGAGAGUUCCAGGUCAAAAUCAAGUGUUUUAAUGUGAAAGGAAGCGGCCCCUACAGCCUCACUAAGAUCAUUUACUAUCCACGAGAUGUCCCAAUAGAGCCUCCGACAGACGUGUACGCCCGGCCAGUCUCCUCCACAGAGGCGCUGGUGUGGUGGCUCCCGGUGGUGGACACAGGGACCGGCCUGCAGCAGUACAUCGAGGGGUAUCAGGUGAAAUACUGGAGGAAGUACGAUGACCCAGAGCCAGGGGCCAAUCGAAUAUUUGUCCCGGCCCACGUCAACCAAACCAGACUGGAGAAUAUGCUGCCAGACUCCCACUAUCUCAUCGAGGUCCGAGCGUUCAAUGGAGCAGGACUGGGACCACCGGGCGAGCACUGUGAGAUGUUCACCAAGAGAGCACCACCUCCCGAGGCUCCCAGAGUGUGGCGCUGGAUCUCCUGGACUGGGAUGUGGCUGUACGUGUGGUGGGAUCACGUCACUUAUGACAUUUUUGGAAACUAUUCCUUCCCUCUCUAUUACAAGGUUUUGUUCAGAAAGACAGGCUACAUCUAUGGGAAAGUGUACGUUACAGGUUGGCACUUCAUGGACUUCCCCAUGCCUCAGCUCGGAGACUACGAGCUGUUGGUGCGUGGACGAUACGAAGGAGGAGACGGCCCUGUCAGAAUGAUUCAUCUGUUAGGUGCAGCUACCAUGACGACUCCCACUUUGAGCAUGGUACCUUUGUUGCUCUUGGCCCUGUGCAUUGUGGGAUUGCAAAUUUAAACCUGCUUCACCUUUCCCUCCACUGUAAUAUAAUUAACUCUGGGACAUGCUCAAAAGCCUUCACAUUU